AUGUUCAAGCACUCGCCACGUAGGAACAACCGAAAAAAAGGGAUAAAAGUGAAGCACGUGGUCCAAAUCGCCCUUCUGCUCGGGAUCUGCUUUUGGCUGCUCUACCAAGUCCAGCAAUCGCGCGACAAAAGGACGAACAACUCGAAAAUCUCGACAAAGCUAGAAAACGAACCCGAGAGCAUAAAGCUCGGGAGAAAGGAUCUCAACCCGAAGAUAGAAAGUGAAGAAAGCAACGAGGAAGCUGAGAAGGAGGAAAUCCGGCAUUUUGAUGACGAGAACAAGCCGGACGACAGGUGGCAAGAGCAAGAGAAAACGGAGGAGAGAGAAAAUCUGGAGGUGAAAGAAGAUGAAGGGAGUAGAGAGAAGAACAAUGUUGAGGGAGAGAGUAGUGAAAGUGGUGAUUUGAAUAAUGAUGAGGCCAAGGGGAAUGAAGGGGAUAAUAUUGAGAAUAAAAUUGAGGAGACAACGGGAGAAAAUGAGAGCACGGAAAAUAAAAUUGAGGAGAUGACGGGAGAGAACGAGAGGAAAGAGGAGAAGGAUGAAGAGAUGAACAAAAACGAGAGUGAAGAAGUUGGGGGAGAUAAUGAGGGAAACACGAGCAAGAAUGAAGAAAUUGUGGAAAACGAGAGUGAAGAAAGUGUGGGUGGUGAGAAAACAUAUGAGAAGAAGAAUGAGGAAAUUGGGAAAAACAAGAAUGAAGAAAGUACGGAAAACAAGAAUGAAGGAAGUGGUGGAGAAAAUGCGGUUGAUGAGAAGAAGAAUGAAGAAAUCGGGGAAAACAAGAAUGAAGAAAGUACGGAAAACAAGAAUGAAGGAAGUGGUGGAGAAAAUGCAGCCGAUGAGAAGAAGAAUGAAGAAAUUAGGGAAAACAAGAAUGAAGAAAGUACAGAAAACAAGAAUGAAGGAAGUGGUGGAGAAAAUGCGGGCAAUGAGAAGAAGAAUGAAGAAAUUGGGGAAAACAAGAAUGGAGAAAAUAUGGGAGAAAGUGGGAGCGAAGAGAACAAGAAUGAGGAAAUAGCCGAAAACAAGAAUGAAGAAAGUAAGGGGGAAGGUGAGAACAAGAAUGAAGAAAUUAAGGAAGAUAGUGCGAACAUGGAGACCAAAAACAAAGUAGAGAGUGAGAGUACAGAAAACAAGAAUGAAGGAAUUGGGGAAAACAAGAAUGGACAAAGUAUGGGAGAAAGUGAGAGCAAAGAGAACAAGAAUGAAGAAAUUAAGGGAGAUGGUGUGAACAUGGAGACCAAAAACGAGGAGAUAAAAAUAGAGAGUGGGAGUACAGAGAACAAGAACGAAGAAUAUAAAGGAGCAAACGAGGCCAAAGAAAACAAAGGAUAUGAGGGAACUGUAAAUAACGAGAGCAAAGGGGAUAAAAGUCAAGAAGCGGCUGCAGGAGAGAUCGAGAACAAAAGUUUUGAGAAAACGGAAGAAAAUGGGAACAAAGAGAACCAAAACAAAGAAUAUUCUAAUGACGGCAAUGAGAAAGAUGUGAACGGAAGUGAAUCUUCACAGCCGAACCCUACAGAAGGCAAGGAGGACAAAAACAAUGACAAAGGAGAGAGCAAAGAAGGUAGCGAAAAUGAUAACAAGGAAAACAAGCCAGUUGAGAAGCAGAAACAAGACUUGGAUCAAAUUACAAAUGAAGAAACUAACGAGAGCUCCAAGGGAGAGAAUGGUUCGGAUCAAAGUGUCUCCAAUGUCUCGGUAGAAAAUUCUGAAAGUAAAACGGAAACUGAGAAUGUUAGCUUGGCUAACAAGAACGAGUAUGAGAAUCAGAAGAUGUCUAACGAAAACAGCAUCACUAGUUCAGAGUUGACCAAUCAUGAUUCUUCAGCAGAAACAAACGGGGCCAGUGGUGAUUUCAGCCAAAGCCAAAACGAAAAAUCAGGAGAAGUCGAAAAUGAGUUGACAGAGAAAACGGGUACCAGUAACGAGAAAACGGAUCAAAAUUCGACUCAUUCAAUGACUAGUGAGAAUGUAGAGAACACUCCAGAAACUUCUAUUGAGACUAACUCUGCUGGGGACCAGAAAACUGAAAGUGACUCUGCUUCUGACGAGAAAACAGCAUCGUUUAGUGACAGUAAUGGCAGUGAUGGUGCGGGUGAAACUCAGUCGGACGUUUCUACUUCGGAACACGAACUCUCCCAAGAAGCUGGAAAUGAAGCUAACGGCCAUGAGGCAACUGCCUAG